AUGAGGAUGAGACCGCUCUCGUGGCUCAUCUAUUCCCUUCUAUUCCCAGCUGUAUGCCUUUCAACGUCAUGUGAGAUGUUAAAGAAGUCUCACUAUGACUAUUCUACACUGCUGAAGAAAGGCCCCGAUCUGUACUGGAAGAACGCGUGUUGCACGAAAAACAUAGAAGAUGAAAUUCUCGAAAGUGCAGAGAAGAUCUUCAAAGCUCAACUCGAAGACAAACUAAUCGUCCUACGACAUAUGAUCAAUUCAAAUUUGAACAGCUUUAGAACAUUCUUCUACAAUUCACUCAAUGCAUGCCAUGAGCAUUUGGAUACGCUAUUCGAUCGUACUUAUGGAGCAUUCUAUCAGAGCAAUUCCCAGAUCUUCGACACGUUUUUCAACCGGCUACGAGCGUUCUCGUCACCGUUUUCCGACGCCAAAGUGUCGCAAAUUACUGGACGACUGUUCGAGGAGAUGUUCGUCAUCAUGUUUCAGCUGAUGAAUCCUAUGCACACAGUGUCGUCGAGUCAGCGUCGUUGUAUGAUUGAAGGCAUGGAAGAAAUCGCGCCAUUUGGCGACGUACCAAAAAAGAUAACCGUACACAUGGAGAAAUCGCUGACGUUCUGGAAGCACUUUGUCACCAGUCUUGAUAAAGUCCAUAAUAUUUUCGAUGGUUUUAUGAAU